ACCUCGUGAUUUUGGACAAGAACAUUAGAAAUCCGAGAAAUCCUAAAUAGGGUUUACAUCUGCUUUGUCAUCGACAUCUCGGCAGUCAGACACGCCCUCCUCAUUGCUCAUCUGCACACACGGAGAGAAUGUCCUCGAGAGACAAGGACCAAACGACAACGCACCACCAACCUUUCAUUAGCAGCCUCGUCGUCCGGCCCUCCGCCAACGAAGGCGCUGGAGACGGUGGCCCCGAAGGUGGCGCCGGAGGUCGUGUCAGCGAUUACGAGCCAGGAGAGGUCCGUCGUGAGCUUCCUCCGUACUCUCGCUUCGAUCGAUAUUCCAAUGAGCCUGGAUAUAGAAUUCAUGCAGGUUCUGGUUCUCCUGUACGCCACAGAGCUGCAGAUCAUCGUUACAGUCCUAAUUUUAAUCAUUCUGGUGGUCUACCACGCAGCCGUGAAUUUGGCAGCGGAAGGGAUCCCAGUAGAUAUCGAGACUAUUCACCCCCUUAUGGUCGAGGAAGGGGUGGUGGCAAGCCGUUUGGCAGAGCUUUUGACAGGCCUGGGUUUGGUCCUGGGCCAUUCAGAGGUGAAGGCAUGAGUAGAAAUAAUCCAAAUGUGCGUCCAAGAGAAGGAGAUUGGAUUUGCCCAGAUCCUUUGUGUGGGAAUCUGAAUUUUGCAAGGCGGGAGUACUGUAAUAGCUGCAAGAAAUUUCGCUAUGGGCCUGGGGGUAGUCCUCGGAGAGGCUAUCCUAGCCCACCUCCUCAACACGGUCCCCCAAGACGCUUCCCCGGCCCACCUCCCUUGGAACUUUCUCCUGGAAGGACCAUGAAUGGCUAUAGGUCCCCACCUCGUGGUUGGGCUAGGGAUGGCCCCAGGGAGCUUGGGGCUGGUGGUCUUCCACCUCCCAGGCAUGAAGGUAGGUUUUCUGGUCACUACAUGGGGAGAGAUCGGCUCGACUAUCCAGAAGAUGACUACCGGGCGAGGCACAAGUUUGAUAGGCCAAUCCCAAUGGACUGGGGGCACAGGGACCGAGGCAGGGAUGUCUUCUUCAAUGAAAGGAAAGGAUUCGAGAGGAGGCCACCCUCUCCACCUCCACCACCAGCACCAUUUCCCCUGAAUCGUGAACGCUGGGCUCGUGAUGUUAGAGAGAGGAGCCGCUCUCCGAUGAGGGGUGGCCUGCCACCAAAAGACUAUCGCCGGAAUAUGCACAUGGAGUGGGGACGAGAUGAUCGGCGUGCUAUGGGGCGAGAUGGAAUUGGAGAUGCUUAUUAAACAGAACCAGGGGAUGGGAGUGAGUAAACUUUGCAGGUGUAAUUUUGGUUUUAAGUAGGUGUUUGUUUUUGUUUAGAGAGGAAGAAUAUUCACAGCUCAGGACUAAUUGUUUCCGACCAUGGUAAAAUGGUACUUCUUUAAAUAGAAUCUUUUUUCUUUGUUAAUAA